UUGAAUUCAAAUCCUAUCAUUUUUAAACGGUGAACUAGAUUGAGAUUACAUUCAUAAUUUCAAACCAAAACAAUAAAAACAUCGCCUUGUUCCCCUUUUUCUUUAGUCUUCAUGAAUCCGACAGCCCACCUUAUCCCUUUUUCCUUAGUUAAAUUCAUAUUAUAAAAACAAAACCAAAACCUACCUAAGUAGUACUUUAUCUUCAACACUCUCUUUCAGUUUUCUCAACUUCAAUGAAGCCCUACAUCCGGAAACUCUUCCUCUCCUAUGACCCUCCCUACUCCACCAACUCAUUACCACCGCCAUAUCUACACACCACCACCAUCACCAACGCCUCCUCAUCUCAGCCGUCCUCUUCCGCAGAGCUAUCCCAAGUACAACCUAACCGGCCUUUUGACCCCUUCAUGGCUCUCACCAUAGUCGUUCUCCUCAUAGCUCUCUUCUUCAUGGGCUUUUUCUCUAUCUAUAUUCGCCGUUUUACUGAAGACCCAACAGACCAUCUCUCUCGCAGAAGACGUUACCGUGGUGGCCCAUUUUACGCGUUUCCAUUCCCAUCUGAUCCUCAUCAUGUCUCAGCUUCACGUAAAGGACUUGACCCAACAACCAUUCGAUCGUUGCCGGUGUAUUCUUACCAUGGGAAUGAGAAGUACCAGAUAGAUUGCGCCAUUUGUCUUAGCGAGUUUGAAGAGAAGGAAUAUAUUAAAACGAUACCGUACUGUAAACAUGUUUUCCACGUGGAAUGUAUUGACACGUGGCUUGCUUCCCGAGGUUCAUGUCCAGUUUGUAGAGGGACCAGGUUGUUCGAGAUCAAGGGCGGUGAUGAUGGAUUGGGUGUAGUGCAGGAGAGAAUUGAUCAGAAUGUGAGUCAGUCAACAACGGUUGAGGACACGUGUAUGGUGAUGGGGAUAACAUCGAGCGUGAGGAGAACGAAUAGUUGUUCGAGUUUAGGGCAACGAGCAAUAAUGCAAAGGACUUUGAGUUUUUGAUACUUACAAGGUGACAAGUGUUCAUGUGAUAGUAAGGAGUACAUAAUUUUUUUUCUUAAUUAUUUCAUAACUAUAGUUUCAAGGGAAAUCUAGGGGUUUCGAGAUUGAUUUUUGAUUAAAUUUGUUGAUAAGUUCCUUUCUUUAGCCAUAGAAGAAAGUGGAGAAAGUGAUUUUGCAUUAUUUUAGAGAAUCUUAUUGAAGAUUUAAAAGAAAGAAAACUCUUUGAACUUAUCCACUUUAUUAUUCUUAAUUUUUGUUUCUGUGUACUUUGGUCUUGAUACCGAAGAAAAUUGAAAAAGCAGGUUGGUGAAACUAUCAGCAGACACAAAUUCAGACAGAUGACUCAUGAAAGGACUUGAUUGACGUUAAAAUCUUAUCACUGUGUUGAGCCAAAAAUCAACACCGAAGUUUGAGUGAUCUUUUGGAUUUUAUACAAUGAUUAAUCCUUCACGUUUCUUCGGCAUAAUCGAGUGUAAUCUUAUGAUAUUAAAAUUGAAAAUUAUAACCACAUGAGAGUAUUUUAUUACAAUUAUCAACCGACACCAAUUAAACCACUACAAGCCAUACAAAAAUAAGUCUCAAAAACAAAAAUAUGGUAGCAUGUUCCUGUCUCAAUUUGUUUUGGUAUUUGAAGGUAUUAAAAUUUGAAUCUAAUUAAUAAAACUAAAAAUUCAACACUUAUUAACAGAUUGCAAGAUUAUUGACCUAUUCUUAUCUCCAUUGGCGUGCACUGUGACAAUUUUGCAAUUGCAUGAAUUAAUGUUCUGCAUUUGUACUUCAGAUCUUUUUAGACAAAAGAUCUGCACAGUUAUGCAUUAGGAGCUUUCAACACUGAUUGCCAGAUGAAAAUGUCAUCAACAAAACCACAAGCACCUUCGCUAAGGUAAUAAUCUAAUCCAAAAGGUAGAAUCAGGGUGAAAAAUAUGAGAAUGGUCACCU